AUGAGUAGAAAAAAGGUUGUAGUGGCUUUAAGUGGAGGAGUAGAUUCAGCAGUAGGUGCUUAUCUCCUCAAAAAAGAAGGACUGGAACGAUGCCCAAGAAAUUGCCCGCCAAUUAGACAUCCUAAUUUACAAAGUAGACUUUAUUCAGGAAUAUUGAAACGAA